GGCACAGUCUCUCCUCGUGUCCGCAGAAGAAGAGGAAUCCCGCCCACUGUACGGAUGCCGCAUUAAAAUUGGCCGCGCAUGCGCGUUGACGUUCCUUUUUUUUCUUGGAAUGCCCCUUGUUUAGAUCCCCAUCAUGGCAGAUCCAGAUCUUGAUUUCACCAGCGGAGAUGCCGGGGCUUCGACCACUUACCCCAUGCAGUGCAGCGCCCUGCGCAAGAACGGGUUCGUGGUCCUGAAGGGUCGUCCCUGCAAAAUUGUCGAAAUGUCCACUUCUAAAACUGGCAAGCAUGGUCAUGCAAAGGUUCACAUGGUUGGAAUUGACAUUUUCACAAAUAAGAAGUAUGAAGAUAUCUGCCCUUCCACCCACAACAUGGAUGUGCCUAACACCAAAAGAAAUGACUACCAGCUGGUUGACAUAAGCGAGGGGUUCCUCUCUCUUAUGAUGGACAAUGGUGAUGUGCGUGAGGACUUGCGUGUGCCGGAAGGUGACCUGGGCAAAGAAAUCGAAAGCAAAUUUGCAGCUGGUGAAGAGAUGUUGGUUACUGUGCUUUCAGCUAUGGGCGAAGAAUCUGCAGUGGCUGUCAAACCCAUGACCAAAUAGGAAGAGAGACUGGGCUGCUCAGGCUGCAACAUGCUACACUUUAACAAAUCUCUCGCAUUUGUUUUUUUGGUUUUAUUUGUCACCAAAGCUAUGGCCUUCACAAGCAACCUCAAAAUUUUUUGUUGUGAUUGUAUUCCUUUUUUCUUCUCCUUCCAAUACUGUGCUGGACUUGUUGGGUCAGUUGGCAUUCUCUCGGGUAGGAAGUUUAAUAAUGUCAGUGUGUUUAUCCCCUCAACUGCCCCCUUUCCCCCCCAUUAAGUUGUUACCACUUACAUUCCUGAAUGUUAAAUGAUGGGAUCCAUUUAUCCUUUUUGUAUUCUUGAAUUUCUUAAAAGUAAUUAGUGUGCAGGAUUUACGCAAGGUGCUAUGAAGAGAGGAAACCCCCCAACUGACACUGAACUUUUUUUUUUUUUUUUCUUCUCCCUCUUUGGGUGCCAUACUUUUACUUUUUCUCCUUACAUGAUCUAUGCCACACUGGCACUAUAGUUAAUUCCUCUCAAUUGAAUGCCUUUCCCCCCCAAAGUGAGAUGCACACUGGUAGUUGGCACUUCCUUGUACCUGCAGUACUUUAAAAGUACCUUCUCAAGUAAAUCCGCUAUGACAGAGAAAUAAACUCCAGCAAAAUGUCCCCUUAAAUGCCAGUCUUUAAUUGUUCAGAAGUGGAAAGGAUGUGAUGGCCAUGUGCGAAUACCUCUGUAACACAAUAGCAGCCAGCUUGAUUUUGGCUGUCAUUGAUGACCUUAAAUAAAGUGUUGAAGCCUG